AUGGAGGGCUUGUGGGAUGCUUUGAGAGCGUCAGGGCAGGGACUCCUGGCUAGCACAUUGCUGCGCCAUGGUGUGCGUAGUGUUUCCGAUGUCGCUUUGAAAUCCUCCGUUCUGCAAGAGAAUGGUGUUCUCCAAUGGCAGAUUGAAGCCAUUUUGGCGGCGGGGCCCCAGCAGGCGGGGUCCCCAGCCCAAGUGAGGGCUGAUUUGCCAGUUGCCUUUCAGGGGAAGAGGGCAAACCUUUCAGCAGCCUUAGAGGCUGCGCGACCAAAUCAGCGGGCUCGCAGUUUAGCCGCCCUUGACGAAGAUGUCUUAGCUCGGAGCACGGCUCCAGCUCACGAGUCACGUCUUCGGACGUAUCAGGCUGUUUGCAAGGCUUGGGAUCUGGAGCCUUUUCCGCUCUCCAAUGAGAACGUUCGAGCUUUCGCUGCGAGUCUGAAAGCAGGUGGAUACAGAAGCGCUGCCGUGUAUUUUCAAUCCAUUUGCUCACACCAAACCAGGCAUUUGCACCUUCCUGUUGACUCGUUGCUUCGGCAUGUCAUUCGAGACUGUCUGCGUUCAAUUUUGCGUGGACUUGGAGCUCAACGUUUAAAGGAGUCCUUCGACGCUAUGCGACUCAAUGAUUGCUCUUUCAGUUUUGUCGAUGAAGCUUUCAGUUUUGAUCAAGUUAGCCACUGCCGAGAUCUUUGCAUUAUCGGAUUGUGGUACAUGUUACGUGAGUCGGAGUUAGCAUCAGCUCGGCUCAGUCAUUUGACCUUGACUGACUCUGAACUUCGCUUGCUGAUUCCAAUCCACAAAACCGAUUGCUAUGGUCAGCUCUGUGAACGAGUGCUGUCUUGCUCCUGCAGGGUCCGACGACACAAUUUAUGCGUCUGGCAUGCGGCAGAGCGCCACCUCAUCAGGGAUCCUUCAGGGAAAGACAUUCAACGUUUCCACGGCCACGUUCUACGUGUCAGUGGAGCGCAGAUGUUGUUCGCAGCUGGUGUGCAUCUACAGCUCAUACAGCUGCUGGGGAGAUGGACAAGCAUGACCAUCUUGCGCUACACGCAGCAAGCUGGCCUCAAUCUGCUGCCGAGCAUCCCUGAUGUGGUGCUGAACAACCGGCCUGAUGUUGGUUCGCUGGCGAUUGCGCCUGCCGUGGGCCCUCAAGUUGAUUCAGAUGCGUUGAGCCGUGCUGCUCCCAGGAUCUCAAACGAGUCCUCCAGAUCGGGCGCUUCUUCUUCUUCCAGGACCUCGACAUCCGGGGACAUCACUGCUUUGCGUGCCGAGCUUCAGAUCCUCAAACAAGCAGUGAUCAAGCCGCCUGCAGCAUAUGUCAUUCGCUCCAGGUCCAAGAUUGUCCACCUGGGCUGCCCGCAUGAACUCAGCAACCCACCUAGCUCGUGGCGUUCACGGUGUGGAUGGGCCUAUGGUCAGGCAAACUUUUUGAGGGUCAGUGAGAUUUCUGAUCCCCUUAGGGCCUGUCAGAAAUGUUUUGAUCGGAAUGCAGAUUCCGGUUCCGAUGUUCAGAGCUCUGGUUCGGGCUUUUCUGACCUGGAUCUGUUUGUGGAAGCAGCGGCAGGGGAUGUCAUUCGUUCCUAUUUUGCAGACAGAGCCAUCAAGACCACUGCUACUUUGGCCCUGCUUGCCAAAGAUGAAGACCACCUCUCAUCGGUUUUGAUCACACCUUUGAUGAGUGGGUGGGAGAAACAGGAUGGAUCCAGGAUCAGCCUAGCCGAGGCUGAAAAGCCAAUUGCAGAAGCCAUCUUGAAGCAUCUCUGGAAUGAAGCCAAUAGCUCUUGGCAGGCUCAGAUGACCUUGCGGCAUGCUCCUCCAGUCACUUCAGUUCCUGGCGCCAUUUCGCUAGCAGCAGCGAAUCCAGUGGCCGAGGAGAAGAUUCCGAGGCAGUUGCCUCCCGGUGUCUGGGCCAAUUUGCUCCAUGAGUACCAGACUUUUACUGCGGCUGGCGAACCAAACCCAUUGGCCAAGAAGGAUCGCAGCACUACCACGUUGUUGCUCAACGAUGCCAAGCUCGUAGCUGCCCCUGAAGAAGCGUGGCAACCACGCAGUGUUUUGGCAGUGCUGGAUGGAUUAGCUUCCAUCCGUUGGUGCUUCAUUCUGUUGAAACUUGGGAGUGAGCAGGCAGUCCACUCCUAUUUUGAUUGGCUGACCAGACUGGUUCGAUCGAGACCUCAAAAGACCGAACAGUUUGGGCAAUUCUUCAUCACUAUCAGUUGGAAGUUGGCCACCGCAAUGAGAAGUGGCCAGUCCUUUGAUGCUGCGGCUAGCCUCUUGAUGAAAGACUUGGAUAUUUUCAGUGAGUGCAUGUCACGAGAGGCAUCUUCUUCGACCAAGAAGUCCAACAAUACCGAGAAGACUGGACCUCAGAAAGGUUCCGGCAAAGGAGGGGGCAAGUCCAAGUUUGGCCAAUACAGGAUAUCCCAACCACGUGCCGAGGCCUCCCCAGUUUCGGGCAAUGACAUCAUUUUGCUGAGCUGUUUUGAUGGUAUUGCAACGGCUGCUCAUGUUUUGACACAGAUGUUUGGCACGCUUUUCCUCUUUGUGGCUUGGGAGGUUGACCCCGAAUGCUUGCUCAUCACAAAGCGCCACUUUCCACAAGUAGUGGCCAGAGGCGAUUUCAUGUCUGAUCCUGCUGCUGAUGUAGUGUCUCUGGUCUCUGAGUACGACCCACAAGGCAACAAAUUGAUAUUGUUUGUUGGAGCUCCACCGUGUCCAGACUUUAGCGCGAUUCGCCCUGAUGCACCUGGCCGUUCAGGACCAGAAGGACAGAAGUUUUCCCAUUAUUGCACCUGGUGUCGUGAGGUUGAGUCUGUUCUUCCCCACCAUCGAGUGGGCUACCUGGUGGAGAACGUGAUUUUGCAGGAUCGUGGUGAGGCGGAUUUUUUCUCCAACGCGUUGGGUUGUCAGACAGUUGCAGUUGAUGCAUCAGAUUUCGGAUUGAUCAGUCGUCCUCGGCUGUGGUGGAGCCGCGUUGAUUGGCACACUGUAAAUUCAUAUCCAGGGUCUGCCAAGCCUUUGCGUUGGACCAAGCUGCAUAAAUUUCCCCGUCUGCAUGUGGACUGCGAUCUUCAGCAUGCGUCAUCGUUGGACCUUGAUGGCAAACAUCUGGACCCCCGGGUUCAACGACAUGAGCUGUGCGUCCCUUGCUUGACCACUCCUUCGCCUUCCGCGUCUGGACGGGCGGCUCCGAAGCGAAUGAAAGGGAAGUUGGACCCAUACACCAAAACCCGCUGGCUGGAGGAUCAUCGCACCUAUGCUCCAUGGCAGUAUGAACCGCAUGCUCUACUGCAUGAUGACCAGGGCAACAUGCAGGUGCCCACUGCGGAGUGCAAAGAGCAACUGCAUAUGCUACCAAAAGGCUACACUGCCAUUGAUGGAGUCCACGAUCGAAGCCGCCACCGAGUUCUGGCAAAUGGAUGGCAUUGUGGCGUCGCCCGCUUUCUUUUUCAGUUUGUCUUGGCAGCGAUGGUCACAGGCUCCGCUUCCACGACUUUGAAACCACCUCCACGACAGAGCACGUUGCAAUGGGUGGAACAGUUGAUGCGGGUCCAAACGGCACAUGUUGGACCAGGUUUCUGGCCCACUCAGCCAAUUUGUGUGGCUCCUUCACGAGACAUUUGGGAUCAUUGGCACAAUGCCACCACUGCGGAUCACCCUUUGCAUUUUCCUGCCAAGAUUGCACCUGGUUUUGUUCAAUGCUUGAAAUUUCAGUUUGAUUGGCGUCAUGACUUGGUUCGCAUCCGUGACGAACUGGCUGUCGAAAUUCACACGAUGGUCGAUGAGUGGGCCGACCACACCCAUGAUUGGUGGUUGAAGUUGUUGAAUCAUCCGCGUAUUGACAAGCAUGCUGACACCAUGUUAAAAGAGCUCAUUGAAGAACUUCGGCUAGGACGUAUGGGAGGCCCUUUUCUGGCUCCCACUUGGUGGCCUUGCAACACAGCAGAGCUCCCUGAUCGCUACAAUAUUCCUUUGCCAGAUGAUGAGAUUUCUGCAUCUUUUUGUUUUAGCGUCGAACAAAGUGACAAAAUCCGACGCUGUGAAGAUUUCAAGCACAGCUUUCUGAACAGUACAGUAUGUGUACACGAUACCCCACAUCAUGAUGAUCUUUCCGUUUUCGUUGAACUUAUCCGUGCUCAUUUUGAUUUGCAAAUUCAAGCCCAAGCCUGGGCACAGGACCUGGAUGGUGCGUAUCGCCAAUUUCCACUUCGCGAUCCACGCGAUGGCUUUUGUAUCCUUCAAUUGGGUUCAGGCCCUUUGCUGCUUCAACAUCAUGCACUGAGUUUCGGCGCUGUCUCUUCAGUUUGGGGAUUCAAUCGGGCAGCAGAUGCUUUAUGUUUCCUGGCUAGACGUAUUUUUCAGAUUUGCGUGGGUCAUUUUGUUGACGAUUUUGUUGGUAUUGAAAAUUCCCAGACCAUUCAUAGCGGCUUUGAUGCGUUUAGCGCGGUUUUCCGAUGCUUUGGCCUCAACAUGAAAGACAAGAAAUCCCUUGCGCCGAGUUCCCAUCAGAAGAUUUUAGGCGUCAUGGUUCACAUUCGAGAUUCUGAUAUUGUUUUGAGCCCACACCCUGAUCGCUUGGAGAAGCUUCGUAACGCUUUGCUGAAGAUUCAGACGCAACAGUUUUUGAGUGUCCUGGAAGCACAACGCAUUGCUGGCAAGCUGGUAUUUCUCACGAGCAGCUUGUUUGGACAGCUGGGCAAAUCUGCAAUUCAUCCUUUUUAUGUUUUUGCACAUUCUGGCGCAAAGGAUGUUCACCAUGAUGCGUUGCCAGUUGCGAUGAACUGUGCUAUUCGUACCUUGUUGAUGCUUUUUGAUGCCCUUCAACCACGUCUGAUUUCCACCAGGGUAUUAAGCCGACCUGGAGUCCUGUACACUGCGCAACUCGAAGCCUUGGAAGUGAAGCCCGAGAAGCCCAUGGAUAGGGACUAUCCGGUCCCAUCUUGGCUCACGAACUCUGAAGGAACGAUGAAUGUGGCGGUGGUGGGCAAUUCGGGCGUGGGAAAGUCUCUUCUCAUCAACAAGAUGCGGCGCUUGAAGCCCGGCGCUGCUGAGUGGGCGCCCACAGGGGUCAAAGAAACCACGCUGCGACCCAUGAUGUACACCUUCCCUGGCAUCGACAAAGUGAGACUGUGGGACCUUCCCGGAGCUGGAACCCCCGGCUUCCCAAAGGAGAACUAUUUGCGCGACAUGGGCUUGCGGCACUUUGAUUCUGUGCUGAUUGUGACUGCAAACCGCUUCACCUCGACAGAGGUGAUGUUGCGAGAGGAACUUGAGAGGUACACAGUGCCGUACUUCAUGGUCAGAACGAAGAUUGACCUUGACAUUUGGAACAACAAGGAGGACAACAAGCUCGAGGAGGCAGUGACCCUGAAGAACAUUCGGGAUGAGCUGGUACAGCAUGGAGUGGGGGUGAGCCAGAUCUAUCUGGUUUCUUCGCGCGAACCUGACCGUCGAAAGCCGAGGUUGAACGCUUUUGGAGUGACCCGUGGCGCAUCCUAUGACUUGGGGCGGCAGCCGCUGAUGCCUACGAGUCCCACGGCCCGGAGCAGCAGCGCCGCUGCACGGAAGAAGCCACGCUUGGAUCCACUGGGAUGUUUCUGGCCUUUGUGGUCUGAAUGUGUUCCCCUGACCUCUGGUCGUGAUAAGGGGAUCGACUGGGGCGCCUUGGGUGUGAAUGUCGCUGCGGGGCUCAUCAUGGGGGUCCGAGAGUCGCUGGGUGGCAUCGUUUCGGCCUCGUUGCUCUUCUCCUCCUCGACCAACGUGGAGAUCUCCUCCAUGUUGCAGUUUGGCAUCAGCAUGACGCUGUACACCAUGAGCGUUGGGGUCCUUUGGUAUGCCGUUUUUGGGCGACUGCAAUAUGGAUAUGGCACACAGCAGGACCUCAUCUGUAUCUUGCAAGCGCAGUUGGCUUCCAAGGCGGCAAUGCUUUUGCGGAAAGACGUUGAGAAGAUCCCCGCCACCGUCUUCGCCAUCAUCUGCUUCAGUUCCAUGCUGACUGGCCUGGUGAGCAUUGUAGUCGGGAAAUUGGCCUGGGCCACCUCGAUGUUGAUGAUCCCCAAGCCGGUGGUCAGUGGUUUUUUGGGUGCCAUUGGAGUAGUUGUUUUGCAGGCAGCUCUCAAGACAUCUUCAGGGGUGCCCUUUCACCAUUUCUGGCCAGACAUUGGCUUGAGUGCAUUUUGUGAGUCCCAGGACCGCUUGCUGCAGGUGGGUUGCAUGUUGCUACACUUCAUUUGCAUCCAAAAAGGCCCUGACCUUUGCCACGUGCUACUGCGCACUGGCAAGUAUCCCAAUCGCAAAGAUGCGGUGAAGAAGUAUGCUGGCUUGGUGUGCCAGCUGGCUCCGUUGUUCAUCUUUUACAGUGUGGUCUUUGGUGCGGGCCUGCAGAUGGAGGAUCUUGCAGCUCAUGGAUGGACUUAUCCCAAGAAAGGAAGCAGUGGACCCCUGACCAUCUGGACCUCCUACAGUUUUGCUGAAGUGGAUUUUGAAGUGGUACGCAAGGUGCUGUUUUCCAUGGAUAUCGUGGCAUUAGUGGCCAUGGCAAUCCUCUGCACCAUGCUGGGCGCACUGGCGAUCACUGGGAGGUAUCCGACGGGACCCAGUGGUGAUCCACAGCCCGAUGAUCCUUUGGAUUUCAAUGCGGAACUGAUUACGGUGGGUGCUGCCUCCCUUUUCUUGGGCUGCACUGGUGGGAAUUUGGUCUUUCACAAAUUCUCUGUGAUCCAGCUGAGGGAGGAUGGUGGUACUCACCGGGUGGCUGUGCUGACCAUCGCCCUGGUGGCCGGGAACUUGUUUGUCUUCGGGUGUCCCAUUGGUGCCUACGUUCCCAAGUGGUUCCUGGGCGGUUUGUUCAUGAACACCGGAUGGUCCUUCCUGAGGAAGACACUCUUGUCCUAUCAGACCUUGACCACUUUCAACUGGAGAGGCUUGCAUUUAGUGUCACCCCAAUAUGGUAUUUCAACCUGUUGCGUGGUGAUGGCCCUAUACUUCAGUCCCACGACUUCCAUCAUGGCGGGGCUUUGCUUGAGCAUCUUGUUGUUUGUCCUCGACGGGAUGACUACCUCCCCCCUCAGCAGCGUGGUGGACGGACAGAAUGUGGUGAGCCGGACCAAGCGGCCCUGGUGGGAGAUGAAUGUGCUCGCUGCAGAGGGAGAUCGGAUACGACUUCUCUACUUGCAGGGCCAGCUUUUCUUCGGAUCCAUGUUGCAGUUGACCGCCAACUUGGAAGCUGCAGCUGCAGAUUCCAGGAUCGAGUUUGUGAUUUUAAGCUAUGGCCGGGUGCCUUUCAUAGACCCCUCAGCGGCGGAGAACAUCAAGCUGGCACAAGAUAAAAUGACUAAAUUCGGGUGCCACGUGAUUCACUGCAGAAUGAAUGAGCAGGUCUUUGGGACCUUGACUGCAGCUGGUGCGGUCCGACGACCCUCAGAGGACCUGUUGAAGAGGAUUGAAACCUUGGGAUGGAGGGUUCAAGGAGUAAAACCUGCUGGACUUCCAAGUACCCAGGUUGAACACCCAGAUGCAUUUUUUCAUGAGACGGAUUGCUUGGACUAUUGCAAUGAGUAUGUGGUCCAGAACUUCAGCUACGAUGUCGCUGUUCCUACCCUACCUCUUGAACCAUACAUGCGUGAAUAUCGGGCAGUGAUCCGCAACGAGAUGCCUCGCUUGUCGGAGAAUGCCUUUGAGAGGAUGAAUGACUUACCCGCAGGGGUCCUGAAGCAACUUCGGCAGUUCUGCGAGGUGCGACUCGAUGAGCCUCCGGGCAGGAACCUCUCGGACGAACUGCCCAAUAUGUCCAGAGCGAUGUGUUUCAUUUUCAAAGGUGCCCUUUCCUUGGUGAAGAUUGUUCCAAUGGUCGAAAAGCCCGACAAGCUCGAUACGCACGCGUUCAGCUUCAGACGUGGAAAGCGGCUCUUGUCGAGGUAUCCUCCAGGUCAUGUGGCGGGCAUCGAGAUGUUCUUCAAAUUUCACAAGCAGCGCAUAGAUGAAGAUCUUCAACCCAAAUUGAUUCUGGACAUGCUUCCGAUAUCAACCUACAAGACCCCCAACCCGCUCAUCCAGGUACAACGUUCUCAGGCAAACCAGCAGUUCUUGUGCGAGUUCCUGGCCCAAUUCUGUGGGAAGCUUCCAAAUGACAGCGAGAUGGAGGAGAAACGACAGCAAGAAAAGGCAGCCAGCAAAGAAAGCGAAGGCAAAGAUGAAGGUGGCAAAAAGUCAGAGACGAUUGACAACAUGGAGACCCUUGUCUACUUGCCUGAUACUCAAGACCUUUUUGAAGGUAGCCUAGAGGAAGAUGAGAAGUACCCGGAUGAUGAAGGAAGCCAAGAGGAUCUAGAGGACCAUGAAGAAAGUGAGUCAGAGAAAGGAGCAGAAGAGGAAUUAUCAGAUUCCGAAGAUCCCGAAGAAGUUGAGGAGCCCAAAGAAGUUGAGGAGCCCCAAGAAGUUGAGGAGCCCCAAGAAGUUGAGAAGCCCGACACGGCUAAAGUGGUUGAGGAGACCGAUAAGGCUGAAGAGGUUCAGGAGCCAGAGAGCCAAGACCAAAAGAAAAGUGAGCAAGGUGAGACCAUGAUGGAUACAGAUGAAGAAGACGAUGAAAAGGCAGCAGCCUUCAGUGACACAAAGGGCCCAAUUGCUCAGGAGCAGUUUGCAUCCAAGGAGCUGGAGGAGAAGGCAGCCGCAGCAGGUGAGUUGGUCAAGAAGACUUCCAACACAACAAAUGACGACAUCGUCCGGGCACAACGCAAAAUGCGCCAAGCUGUGAAAGAAGCAGAGGAGGGUGAGGAUUCAGAAGGUGAAGAUGAUGACCGCAGGCUGAGAGAGCUGGACGAGGAAUCAGAUGAGCGGAGGAGAAACAAAGGACGUGGAAGAGGACGCCCACGAGGAAGAGGAGGAAGAGGUAGAGGGCGAGGAAAGAGAGAAGCAGACUCUGACACAGAGAAGCCUGACAAGAGGUCCAGAAAGAGCCGCAAAUCUGAUGAAGAUGAUGAACACGCCCCAGAUGAGCCUGAAAGGAAAAGUGAAGAAGAUGAGAAGUCUGUUGACAAGAAAGAUACAAGAGCAUACAAACAGAAGCAGAAAGAGCAGGAAGAGAAGGGCAAGACAAAGGAGACCGCAGAGAAGAAGGCUGCUACAAGAAAGACAAAGAAGGCAGAAGAGAAGACAGGCACUGAGAAAAAGGAGCUUGCAGUCAAGAGGGACACCGAGAACCAGACAAGCAAGACUGCAGAAAAGAAGUGUGACAAAGCAAAGGGCGGCCAAGAGGCAGAAGAGCAGGAGAGAGACAAGGUUGAACCGAUGAAAAAGGAUGAAAAAACGAAGAUUGCAGGCACAAAGAAAUCCAAGAAGGCAGAGACGAUUCAGAAGGCUGAGGAGAAGAAACGGAAACAUGCCAUCACCACCGAGAAGAUCGAUGGAACGAAGACAAAGAGACCAAAGGAGGCAGAGAUCCGCCAAGAGGUUCAUGAAAUUGCGGAUGAUGAGGAUUUCUCACCUGAGAAGCCUGACAACCAGCUGGGUGACCCAGACCUCUACCCACCGACCCCAGUUGAAGACAAAAGCGCUACAAAUGCAGAGAUGGUUUCUGAGAAGCCAGAAGCAAAGAGCCAACCAGCCAAUCCCAGGAAAGCAAAGAAGGAAGGUGAAAGCCCAAAGUCUAGAAGCAAGCAAAGUCCCUUGAAGUUGGCAGCCAGUGCUUCAAGGAGGAUGAUGGAGAAGAAGAAUGGAGAUCGAGUAGCAAAGAACUUGGCAGCAGAUUUUGAGCGAAUGGCUCAGAAGCGUGAUGAGAAAAAACCCAAGCGAGUAAAGAAACCGUUGGACACCACAGACCUUGCCACUUAUCAAAAUCACCCACGAAACUUUUGCAAACUGGAGCUCAUUUACAGUGUGUAG